AUGGAUGCAAGUAUUUCAGGGUCUCGUGAUGGGACUAUCACUGACAGGACAGAACGUGAGGAAUUUACUCACCAACCCGAAGAACUACAAUCUUUAACCCAAGAUGGAGCCGGUGCUGAAGUUUCUCUGCAGCCUCCACAAUCUCGACAACCCUGUCCUGUAUUGAUCAAUGGUCAAAAGGAGAAAAUCAAGGAGUGA